UUUUUUUUUUUAGAACAAAUCUUUUUCUUUUUUUUCAUUCUUUUUUUAUUAUUAGACUCAUUUUUUGUUAACCAUGUCUUAUAUGCCUGAUACGAGCACAGCUGCUAGUGCAGCUAGAUCAGCUGAUCGUAGUAAGCGUCGUUCAUUAGCUGCUUUACAAAAGGUUAAACGAGUUCGUAUCGGUGAAAAGGAAUCUGAAGAAUCUAAACAACUUCUUAAUAAGCUAUUGGCCUCUACAGAUGAAUCAGAACGUAAAAGCUUAGCUGAAGAGGCUGCUGGUUUUGCUAAUCAUUAUGGUAUUCGUGCUCUUAAAGCUUGCCAUUUAUUCCCUGCUAUUUCAACCGAAUUAUUUGCUAAAAAGGUGCGUAGUCCUCAAGCUCUUGGUGCUCUUGAGUUGACACAAGCUUUGAUUACCUCAAAUGCUCUUUUGAGAGGACAAAUUGAGCCUCAUUUAAUUACCCUCAUGUCUCCUCUUUUGGAACUUCAAGCUUCAAAGGAUAAGUCGUUGGCUGAAUUAGCAGGACAGGUAACACGCAAUCUUGUGAAAGCAUUCAAUCCUAUCGCCACCCGUCAUAUCGUCACUUAUUGUUUAGAAGGUCUUGAAAACUCGAAAAAAUGGCAAACCAAGAUGUUAUCUUUGGAGGUAAUCGAGAUCUUAGCUGCCGUUAACCCUAUGCAGAUUUUGAAUUGUUUACCCGUCAUUAUUCCGGUUGUUUCGGAUUGCAUGUGGGAUACGAAGCCUGACGUCAAGGCCGCAGCAACAAAAUGUAUGACCACCAUUACUGCUUUAUUGGAUAAUAAAGAUAUUGAACGCUUUAUCCCUGCUGUCAUUCAAUGUAUUAACAAUCCUGAAAAGGUCCCUGAAACGAUCCAUCAAUUGGGUGCAACUACCUUUGUUCAAGAGGUGGACUCUGGUACAUUAGCUUUGAUGGUUCCUCUUUUAAAUCGUGGAUUGCGUGAACGUCAGACACCUAUUAAACGUAAAUCUGCAUUGAUCAUUGAUAACAUGUGUAAGUUAGUAGAUGAUCCUGAGGUCGCCGCUCCUUUCUUACCUGUCUUGUUGCCUGCUCUUGAACAUGUCCAUGAGACUGUGGCUGAUCCUGAAUGUCGUGGUGUUGUUAAGAAAGCUGUUGAUACCUUGAAACGUAUUGGUGGUGGCGUUGAUAUUUCAACUAUCAUGACGAAUGAUCAAAAGCGUGAAAAGGUUUACAGUACCUUGGAUAAACUUAUGCCUACUAAACUUGAAGGCUUCUUUGCCCCCGUUCGUAAAUAUAUGGCUAAACUGGCUCUUGCCUUGGUCUUGGCUCGUAACUUUGACCGUAGUGCUUGGGCCUCCUCUAUGUCUCCUCAUGCUGCAACCUGGUUGUUAGUUACAGGUCGUGAACAUGAAGAUGGUAGUGAAGAAUUGGAUUCAUCUGCUGAAAAGCUUGCUUUAGCGGCCUUAAGCUCUUGUGAAGAAGCUAUCGCUCCUCAAUCAGGUGAAGAAGAAGAACUUGAAGAAGGAGAAGAACUUUGUAACUGUGAGUUCUCUCUUGCAUAUGGUGCUAAAAUCUUGUUAAAUCGUACUCAUUUACGUUUGAUGCGUGGUCGUCGUUAUGGUCUUUGUGGUGCUAACGGUUGUGGUAAGUCUACCUUGAUGCGUGCAAUCGCUAAUGAGCAAGUUGAAGGUUUCCCACCUCGCUCCGUUCUCAAGACGGUCUAUGUUGAACAUGAUAUUGAUGGUUCAGAGGCUGAUACCGGUCUGGUAGAUUUCAUCUUGAACUCUGAAGGUGUUGAAUGUCAAGAUAGAGCUGAAAUUGCACGUAUCUUGAAAAAUUAUGGUUUCACUGAUGAAAUGGUUCAUCAUCAAGCUAUUGGUUCACUCUCUGGUGGUUGGAAGAUGAAACUUGCCUUGGCUCGUGCUAUGUUGAUGAAUGCUGAUAUCCUCCUGUUAGAUGAACCUACGAAUCACUUGGAUGUAGUCAACGUGGCUUGGUUGGAGAAUUAUCUCUUGGGACUCAAGACCGUUACUUCUAUUAUUGUCUCUCAUGAUUCAGGCUUCCUUGAUCAUGUCUGUACAGAUAUUAUCCAUUAUGAAGGUAAUUAUAAGUUGAAGCGUUAUCGCGGUAAUCUCUCUGAAUUCGUCAAGAAGGUUCCUAGAGCUGCUGCCUAUUAUUCACUUGAAGCUGCACAGACUGUUUUCCAUUUCCCUGAACCCGGCUACCUUGAAGGUAUCAAGACUAAGGAGCGUGCAAUCUUAAAGAUGAAGAACGUGGAUUUCCAAUAUCCUGGUUCCUCUAAGAAACAACUUAUUGACAUCUCAAUGCAAUGCUCUCUUGCCUCUCGUGUUGCUGUUAUUGGCCCUAAUGGUGCUGGUAAGUCUACAUUAAUCAAAUUAUUAACUGGAGAACUUGAAUCUGAAGUGGGUACCGUUUGGCGUCAUCCUAACUUACGUAUUGCCUAUGUUGCUCAACAUGCCUUCCAUCAUAUUGAAAAGCAUUUGGACAGUACUCCCAACGAAUACAUCCAAUGGCGUUACGCUACUGGUGAAGACCGUGAAGAACUUGACAAGAACGACCGUAUGAAUGCUGAAAGUAAUAAGAAGGCCGCUGAGCAAGUCUUUAUCAUUGACGGAGAAAAGCGAGUACUUGAGGAUAUCGUAGGUCGUCGUAAACUCAAGCAAUCCUACGAAUAUGAAGUAUCUUGGGUUGGCCGUUCCUCUGUUGAUAACACCUGGAUCUCUCGUCAAAAACUGGAAGAUAUGGGCUUUGGAAAGAAGAUUGCUGAAGUAGAUUCUGCUGAGGCAGCCAAGAUGGGUUUAUUGCGUCCAUUAACCGCCAAAGAAAUUGAAAAACACUUGGCUGAAGUUGGUCUAGAGCCUGAGUUUGCCUCUCACUCACACAUUCGUGGUCUCUCUGGUGGACAAAAGGUCAAGCUUGUGAUUGGUGCAGCCAUGUGGAAUAGACCUCACAUGUUAGUCCUUGAUGAACCUACCAACUACUUGGAUCGUGAGUCAUUAGGUGCUCUUGCAACAGCCAUUCGUGAAUAUGGAGGUGGUGUUGUGAUAGUAACCCACAAUCGUGAAUUCUCCGAGGCACUCUGUAAUGAAGUUUGGAAGGUCGAAAAUGGUCGUUUGACCCCUUCAGGUCAUAACUGGGUUUCUGGUAAUGGUACAACUGCUAUUAAAGAAGAAGAAGCAGAAGAUAUGGUGGAUGCUCAAGGUAAUACCAUCAAGGCUACUCAAAAGAAGAAGAAAUUGACUUCUAAGGAACUUCGUAAGAAGAAGAAAGAGCGUAUGGAGCGUCGUAAACGUGGUGAAGAAGUUUAUACUACAGACGAAGAAUUGUAAA